AUGACGGCCAUAGACAUUCACCGCUGUCGAUUCGUGCCGUUUCAGCCCUCUGCGAUCAACGCCGUUGCCUUUUCCCACCCGAGAACCAGAGACAGCAAGCAUGCUGCCAUUGCCCGACUAGCCGUUGGCAGAGCCAAUGGCGACAUUGAAAUCUGGAAUGCCGCCGCUGGAAUCUGGCACCAGGAGCUCGUCAUCCGUGGUGGCAAGGACCGCAGUAUCGAUGGCCUUGUCUGGAUCAACGAGCCCGACCAAGAUCUCGGCGAGGGCCGUAUCCUAAUUGGCAAGUCCAGACUUUUCAGCAUCGGCUACACUUCGACCGUUACCGAAUGGGAUCUCGAAACAGGAAAGCCCAAAAGACAUGCUAGUGGCCAGCAUGGUGAUAUUUGGUGCAUUGCUGCUCAGCCCGCCCUCAUCGACGAACGAGGGUCGUCCGUGACCGACACCCAAGGCUCCAACAAGCUUGUUGCCGGCACCAUCGACGGAGAGCUGGUCAUGUAUUCUGUCGAGGACGACGAUCUUCGCUUCCAAAGAAUUCUCGUCAAGUCGCCCACGAAAAAAGCCCAAAUGGUCAGCAUCAUCUUCCAAUCGCGCAAAGUCGUCAUUGUUGGCUGCUCUGACAGCACCAUACGAGCCUACGAUAUCACCAAAGGACAUAUGUUGCGUCGCAUGACCCUCGGGUCUGACCUCGUCGGUGGUUCAAAAGAUAUCAUUGUCUGGUCUGUCAAAUGCCUCCCCAACGGCAACAUUGUUUCUGGCGACUCAACUGGCCAGGUAUGCAUCUGGGACGGCAAAACCUACACCCAGAUGCAAAGGCUGCAGAGUCAUAAGCAAGAUGUCCUGAGUCUCGCCAUCAGCGCUGAUGGCAGCACAAUCAUGAGCGGUGGCAUGGACAGAAGAACCGUGCUCUACAAGCAAAACUCUGGAGCAGGCCAGCGCUGGGGCAAGGUUUGGGGGCGCAGAUAUCACGAGCAUGACGUCAAGGCUAUGGCUACAUUCGAGCACGCCCGCAUCAGCGUUGUUGUCUCUGGAGGCCCUGACUCGAAUCUCGUCGUUGUCCCACUCAAAGAGAUGGGCCGUGAGAAUCACAGAAUGGUCAGCAGUCUUCCCCAACAGCCGCCUCUCAUCAGCGCUAGCAAAGCACGAUUUAUGGUGAGCUGGUGGGAUCGUGAGAUUCAUCUGUGGCUAUUGCAGCAGUCUGCAUCCGACCUCACGAAGCUUAACGGCGACAGCGACUACGACAUCAAUCAAAACCGACGACUACUCAAAACAAUUGUCGUCAAGGGAGACUCGAACAUUUCGUCGGCCAGCAUCAACGCGGACGGCACCCUGCUUGUCGCAUCAACAUCCACUGACGUCAAGGCCUUUGCGCUAGAACACUCCAACCCUAUAAAACCCGCCGAUGUUACACUUUCUUCUCUCGAAUUACCAGAAAGACUCACCAAUCUCGGCGCCAGCCGUGUGCAAAUAUCGCCUGACGGAUCCUGGCUGUGUUUCGUGCAAGAUGGUUCGCGCGUCGUCAUUGCCAGCAUCACACCUGACUCUGGCAGCCACACAAUCAGUACAUCGCGUCAUCUUCGUCGACUACACCGCUCCGUUCCCAAAUACAUCCUAAACGGUGGUCUGGGCUCGUAUGAAAGAAAUGUUACCCACAUCUCUUUCAGCCCAGACUCCAAGCUGCUUGCGGUCGCUGACCUGGCUGGAUACGUUGACACCUGGGUGCUGCGUGUUCCGGGAGAUGCUACUGCCAACGGGCAUGCAAAUGGUAAUGAAGACGGCGACGCGUCAGCUUCUGACUCUGAUUCAUCAGACGACGACGUCGAAAGUACCGGUACAAGUGAAGUUGGACGAUGGGUUCGCAACCCUAAUGCUAAACUAAUGCCCAAACUGCCUGCAGCCCCGUCCGUCCUCGCAUUCUCGGAUAGUGUUCCCGGGCAAGGAGACACCGAGGACUAUACUCUGGCAGCAGUUACGUCGUCGUGGAAUGUCGUCGCAUUCAACGUGCUCCAAGGAUCCCUGACCCCCUGGUCCCGCCGUCAUCCUCGCAAGGCUCUCCCCGGGCCUGUUCACGAUUUGCUAGACUUGGCCAAGGGCGCCUUUUGGCAGGGACCUAGGUUUUGGAUCUACGGGGUGUCGUUUCUUUUCAUGCUUGACAUGAGCCAAGAUCUACCGGCACCAGAAAAAGAUGCAGGUGACCAGCUCGUGCCAGGUACAAAGCGCAAGCGAACGAAUGCUACCAGCGGUGCUGGUGGUCGCAUGGAAAAGGAGGGUCUAAAACCGCAGCAAAUACGCAAAUAUGCGGCAAAUAAGUGGGAGGAUGUUGAUGUUGACGGGCCCAGCCUUAGCGGCGAGAAUGACAAUGACAGCGACGACGACAUGAUCGAUGCCACAGAUAGCGAGCUUACGCAACUUCGCAGCGCCACGGCUGCGAGCGGAACACAGUCCGGAGGGGCAGAGGAUGAGAGUGGGCGGAAGAAGUGGUGGAUUACAUACAAAUAUCGCCCUGUACUAGGUGUCGUUUCUUUCAGCGGUCAAGAGGGCUUGGAAGUGGCACUGGUUGAACGUCCGACAUGGGAUAUAGACAUGCAGGAUAGCUACUAUACCGGCGAAGAGUGGGAGAGGAGGUAG